AAUCAAGAGGAGACACAGAGCGGAGAGACAGAGGGCGAGGAUAGACGAACAGAAGAGAGAGAGAGAGGGAGAGAUGCGAGGAUAGACUGGAGACGUACCGACGCUGCUAAACACUUUACGGUUUUCCGACGACGCGCCAAUGGAGGAGAUGUGCGAGAUGGAGUGCCCACUGCUCAAAAGGCUCCUAAAGGACGACGGAGGGGCGGCCAAAGUACUAAUUUUGGACUGCCGCUCGUUCCUCGCAUACAGCGCGGGCCAUAUCCGAGGUGCCGUGAACGCGCGAUGCAACACCAUCGUGCGUCGUCGGGCCAAGGGUUCGGUGCUGAGUCUGGACCAGGUGCUGGCCGGGGACGAGGAGGCGUGCGCGCGGCUCCGCUCCGGCAUGUACUCGGCGGCGGUGCUCUACGACGAGAGGACGCCCGAUCUGGACGCGGUGAAGGAGGACAGCACGGUGACGCUCGUAUUCAACGCGCUGUGCAGGGAUUCCGCGGGCACGCUCGUCUACCUGCUCAAAGGUGGCUACGACAGGUUUUUCACAGAGUACCCUGAAUAUUGCCUGACAACCAAGUCCUUACAUUCCCUCACCAGUCAGUCUAGUGUGGACUCUGCCUGUUCAUCGUGUGGGACGCCACAACACGACCAGGGCGGUCCAGUGGAGAUCCUUCCGUUCCUGUACCUCGGUAGCGCCCUUCACGCCUCAAAGAAGGAAGUUCUAGACGGCAUCGGAAUCUCAGCCCUGCUCAACGUAUCCGCCGACUGCCCCAACCACUUCGAGGGGACCUACCAGUACAAGUGCAUCCCCGUCGAGGACAACCACAAGGAGGACAUCAGCUGCUGGUUCUUGGAGGCCAUAGAGUUCAUAGACUCAGUGCGGGACUCCAGCGGGCGCGUGCUGGUCCACUGCCAGGCCGGCAUCUCCCGCUCAGCUACCAUCUGCCUGGCCUACCUGAUGAAGAGGAAGCGCGUGCGUCUGGAUGAAGCCUUCGAGUUCGUGCGCAGACGUCGCAGCAUCAUCUCCCCCAACUUCAGCUUCAUGGGCCAGCUCCUGCAGUUCGAAUCCCAGCUCCUCGCCACCUCCUGUGCCGCUGAGGCCGCCGCCACGGCCAGCCCCCUGCUAGCGCCCAAGUCCGCCGCUAACCCCUCCGCCACUGCCACGCCCACUUCGCCGUUCAUCUUCAGCUUUCCCGUCUCGGUGGUCAACCCCGUCUACUUGCACCACAAUCCAAUCACGACGUCUCCCGGCUGCUGAUGGCUGGACGGACAUUUUGCUCACGGCUGGGACAGUAUGGACAAAGCUGAGCACACACACUGGGCUGUGAUUGGCUGAGAGAGCUGUCAGUCUUGUAAUGCCGACAGCUACAUGCUUCCAAAAAGGCGGGAGAGUAUGCGUCACGGUGCCUAAAUGACAACCAUAGACAGUAGAAGGGUACUCCGCAGGGGUGUCCGCUCUCCCACUCACUAUUCAUGUUCAAAAUUGAUCUCUGGCAGCUAGCUUACUGCUACUAACUUAAGUAGGUUUUUCAUGUUUUGUUUUUAGGGACCUACAGUUGUUGUUGGUUUUUUGUUUGUUUGUUUUUUUUUCUUCAUCAUCCAAGUACAUUAGCAUCAUAAACUGGCUAAAUUACCUGCUAAAUUUAUAACUUUUUGCCAUAUUUGGUGGUGUAUAUUUACACAAAACUAACUGGAAUAUUACCAUGUAUACACAAUUUUUAUUUUUUAGCUUUCACACAAGCAACAUCCUGGUCAACUACACUUCUACUGUCUAUGCUACAAAGACUUUUCAAUGGUACACAAACCAGCCAAUGCUCCAUCCAUUUCACUAUUAUCACAAUAGACCAAAAAACAUCCCUGGAAUUUUUUAUUUUAUUAAAUUUUUUUCUCUGGACUGGAGUGUUGGACUGAAGCUUCCUCCUUGAACCGGCACGCUACUUCGACACACACGCAGACACACACCUAUCUCUCUCUCUCAUUCAUGACCACCAAAUGAAUAAGCUCAGUAUGAGGACGGGGCCUGUUGCUACGGAGACGACAGGAGAUGGACACAGGAAGGAAGGAGAGAUCUUAAGCACCCCCCAUCCCUACCCUACCCCCACCCCACUCUUUCUCUCUGUCUGUUCCUUCCUCCGUCGGGUGACAAAGGAGGAUGGAGAGAGAGAGCAGUGACAGGUGCUUUGCUGGCUUCCUGUCUUUCUCUUCUGCUCCCCCUCUCCCCCCUACACACACACACACACACACCUUCCUUCCGCUUAUGUUCUUUUCAUCCUUUUGUAAGCUGCCCCCUCUCCUCUUUUUUUUUUUUUUUCCUCCUCUCUCAUCUUUCUCUCUCUCAUCCCCCGAAUCGUGGUUAAAUAAAUCAUACAAGAUGCCAAAAAAGGCCACAAGCUGAGUGAACGCGAGGGAAGGCCCAGAUUGGGGAAACAAAAUUAUGUAGGACUGACUUGGUGGUUAUGUUUUAAGGUUUAUAAAUUAUGUAUUCUUCUUACACAUGACAUUUUCCCCAAACCCACAGGAUGUUUUUGCUUUCUUUCAGCAUAAGUGGCUUUUUUUUAAUCUGACAAAUUGCUUAAGGAAAUGUGUGGAGUCAGUGGCCUCUAUUGUGCACUACCACUGGUUUUCUAAGAGGUUUGUGCCUUGUUCUUAAAGGUAUAAUAACAUGGUUUUAAGCUCCACUGGGUUGACUUUGGAGAGACAGGAUAGCGCAAAAGUAUAAUGUUAAUUUAUUUAAUGUAACUCAUAGCCUAUCCAUAUGUUAAAUGUAAUUCCAAAUAUUCAUUUUCAAAAACAGGCCUGCAAUAAUUCAUACAUUUUUCAGCUUGAUUUUUUUUUUACUCCAUGUUUUAAUAGCUCUGGAAAUCUUGUAUACAAUUCUUGACCAACCCUUAUUUAUACCUGGCUCUCGUCUGCCUUUCUUUCUGUUGUACUUUGAACCAAUGCAAUGCUGGCUUACAAGGGUAGAUAGACAAAAUACAGUGACCCCUACGCUACUGAGACGCUGUUUACACUGUCUGUAAAUCUCCAAAGUCCACCCAUGGGUGCUUUUUCACCCAGUUCACCCGGUCAAACAUUCACAAACAUGUUACAAAGAAACUCCACUACCGCAUAUUGUUUUGGACAGUUGACGGCGGCACCUCUCUGUAGCACUUUGAAGUGAUGCAAUAUUGUAUUUAUAAUUUAUGAUUGAUUUGCACAUCAUGGUUGAAGAUAGGCGGACUAGAUGUGACCCAAUGGAAUAAUAAUGAACUUGUAGGAAAAAGAAAAGAGUCAGAAGCGAGUUAAUCAGUGGUAAAACGCAAUACUAAAUGUCUUUUGGUUUGUAAUGUGUUUCCGUGAGUCCGUCCACCUGAUCUGUUUGUCUGGUCAGUUACGACAUCAUGGCAAUAUCAACUCUCCACUGGGACUUUUCAAAGACUCUCCCUCAGUUUUAUUGUGAAUGAAUGAUCUGUGCAUUUAUUUAUUACUAAGAAUACAAUGUUGAAUAAAAAAUGUUCUUAAUGAAAAUAA